AUGCGGAGCACCAACGGCUGCUGGACUUGUCGUCUCAGACGCAAGAAAUGCGACGAGGUGCAACCGUCCUGUAAAACGUGUACAGAUCUCCGUAUCAUCUGUCGAGGGUACGGACCGCGCCCCAUCUGGAUGGACCGGGGUGUACUGGAACGGGAGGAAGCCCAGAAGAUCAAAACAGCCAUUGCUCGAGGGGGGCAGAGACGAAAAGGAGCAAGUCUGCGAGACAAAUCAUUGCCAUCAUCAAUCUCUAAACCUAUCCCAAGCCAUGUCUCUAUACAAAGCAAGGCAACAUCAAAGAUUAACUCCUCAAAAACGGCAACACCAGCGCAUCUUGAAACUGAGCUCGGGAAGGAGAAGACCCAGCAAGUGAGCUUGAGAGCCCCAGCAAUUGACCUUCCAUGGGAUGCAAGACUCAGUGAGCUUGACUUUUCACAACCUCAAGAGGAGGUCCUGCUUAGCAGCCCCAUAGUCUGGGACAGCCAAAUGCCAUACAACGUUCAGGAUAUAGACUGGGAUGUUUCCAUGUCUGUGUUCGAAAGCUUCGUGACCAAUGAAUUACCUGAGAUCCAGUGCACUAUAGCGGACCACACGAUCCCAUCGCAGGAUAUCCUUUUAGUCGAUGGAAUGUCGAGUAAACGUGGAAGCCCAAUACCCCAAACGUUUCCGCCAGGUUUAAUAACCAGUCCGAAGGAUCAGACGAACUUCAACCUCAAGGCUACGAUGCCUGACUUUGACGAAGAAAAGAAGCAAUCUUGGCAAACGACACCUUGUCCUGGACGUGAGACUCAUUUUGAAUCCCACCGUCGGGGAUUGGAGGGUUCACACGUAGGCCACUCCAGCUUCCCCUACCCUGCCAAGGAUCAUCAAGGCACUGCAAUCCCAGGAAGACUCACACCUGAUAUGGCUCUUCUUCUUUCCCAUUAUAUCGAAAGAGUGAUUCCGGCGCAAUUCCCGUUCAGCUGCAACAUCGGCCCAGGGAGCAUGCAGUGGCUUCAAUUUUUACUGUUUUCCUCAACAUAUGUGUUGGAAAUAUCAAUGAUAUUCAGCUCAGCGCACCAUGAUCUUGAGACACAAGUAAACAACGAAAGGCGCUUCGACUGGCUCGAAGAAAGAAAGACGCAACCUAGCAGAGUUUCAGCAAUACUUCGGGCAGUCACAGCCAAUAUGUCUCUGCUCGAUGAGGACUUGAAUAUAAGUAAAGCUCUCGUUGUUUGCACCGUUGUCAUCCAAGCAGUUCACUUCGAGAUGUUCCUCGGUAAAUCUCAUCAGUGGAAAUGGUUUCUCAAACAAGUGGCACCAUAUUUGCAACCUCUCAUCAAGCUGGUUACCCAGGAGCCAAGAAGUUCAUGUUGCAGCGUAGCCCUGUCCGGUGCAUCUAUAGCAAGGAGCAACUCAGUGGCUAUCUCUCGAAUGCAGUUGAAGACGGCGAAGGCACUUGUAGGCCAUCUCCUAUGGCUUGAUAUUGUAGCGACGAUUUCGACGAGCGUGGAGGGCCCACUACUUGGAUUCAGCGACAGCCAACUUCUGGAAUCCAACAUCAUCGAUAUGAGAGAAAUUAGCGGCUGCGAUAACGACGUGGCGAAGGCAAUCUGCGACAUAACCGAACUUCGGAAAUGGAAGGCCCACGCAGAACGCCACCGGAGGCUGAGCAUCAUAGAGCUGGGGGCACGCGGGGGCAGCAUACUAGAGACUUUGACCAAGCGCAUCCUUCAAUUGGCUGACGAUCGUUCGAGUGCUGAUCAACUCGAACGGGACGGACAACUGGAUAUUCGCCUUGUGUUCGCUCGCACAGCUAUCCUAUACCUUCAUACAGUCAUGUCCGGGCCAAACCCGUACCUGGGAGAGAUACAAAAGGAAAUCGCAGAGCUAAUGAAGCUUUUCAAGAUCCUCGCCAGUAAGGGCAUGGUGCGGCAUGUACCGUGGCCAUUGUGUGUGACUGCUUGCUUUGCAGACAAAGAGCAAAAAUCAUUCCUUCAGGACAGUCUGACCUCCGAUAUUGAGUGCAAAUCUCGGAGGAGAUAUUUUAAAGCUGGUGAUGAGGCGUUGAGAGUCGCGGAAGAGUGCCACAGGAUUAGGGAUGAAGAAGGAAGGGAUUGCGAUUGGAUGUUGGCAAUGGACAGUUUAAAUGAGUGCAUUUUGCUUGGGUGA